UUCUGUACAAGAAAAUAAUGGUUGUGAUGUAAAUAAUAUCAAGCUUCCAUUAACUUUGACUUCCAAUGGAACUUAUACUGAUUUCUUAGAAAAUACACUUUCUCCAACCAGAAAUUCAGAGAAAGACGGAGUAUCCAAUAGGCUGCCAUGGAACCAGAUUGAAUCCGAAACUCUGAUGGCUGCUCCAGCUUCUCCAUUGAAAAUAAAGUUUCCUGAAGCCGGCUAUGCCGUCAUCAAACGUCGCACUAAAGUCGCCAAGGGUGUUCAAACCGAUGAGACGCGAAAGCGUUGUUGGCGGCACAGUCGUGGUGUCACGGCGACAGAAAAAUUUUAUCAAGAGAAUCAAGAGGUAAAUCAAGGGACACUGACUCGUUGCCAAAGCGCGAAAAACGAACUUGCGCAUCAAAUUGCAUCUUCUAAGUCAACUUUACGUAAUGCACUUCCUCACGUAAACUUCUCCAGAUGGUCAAGGCCGAACAAGAAAGCUGGAGCGAUCGCUGCCCUCACAGAGAGCUAUCUGGGAUCCCUGUACAGACCUUUUCCUCCCGUCAGAAAGCAGCUGGCCGAACAGGCCUUGGCCAGAUGCCAGGAUGUAGGACAGGACACAUUCGAAGCCCAUUACCUUGGCCCCACUGCUCUCUUCCUGAGGACUGUCCGGGAUUAUGUGGGCAGUGUACCAUCCAUCAGACAGCGAAAGUGUAACAGAGGUGGCAGACCGAGAAAAAAGAAAAUUCCCCAAGGUUGGCCCCUGUGUUCAAGGGGCUGCCUUAUAAUCCACAUCGCCGAUCCUGAUCCGGCAAUCUUGAAAGGUGGAGAUUUCUACUUUGUUGCUGAACCGGUGAGAGUAGCCCUGAAGUGGAAAGAAGAAGCAACAGAUUCAAUUCGUGAACGAUCAUUGGACGCGCGGGAAUUUUCAAAAGAAAUGGCAGCACUGUUGUCUCCUUCAUCCCCUGAUGAUGACGACGACGAGAGUGUCGAGCGCAACACAUUGCUGGUGGCUGCUGAAAAUGGAAUUCACAGGAUAGAAAUUGCUCAUCUCUUGGAAGAGUUGUUCGAGGGAUGUAGGAGACGAAGUCGUGUGCGAAGCACGAGGGACAGUUGGGUCCAGACUGAAAAAGAGUUGGGCAAGGUUGCAACCUCUGUAGCUGAAGAACAGAAAUGUGAGGAAGUUCUUCAGCCACUUGCACCACUAGCAAGUGAAGAGGAAUUUUGUUCAGAUUCUGAACAAAAACCAAAGCCAGACUCCACAGAUGAUGGUUUUGUUGACAGUGAAACACUCUGCCUGGCUCGAAAGAGCCCACUGCAAGAAGUGAGACAGCUGAGUGCAAUAAAAGACUUGGAUCAAGAUGUUCUUUAUUCUGGAGUAGCAAAUAUGCCAGGUUGUAGAGAUUCAUGCUCCAGGAGUAUCAUUUAUAUUUCUCUGAGUGCAAUUCAGGAACAUUCUGUAAGUGCUGUACAAUUAGCAGAAUUGCUACUUUAUUUUCAGAGUAUACCCAAGAGGGAGACAAUGUGUUUGGGUUUCCUUGCUGUUGUAGAUGGACGUGAAGCGAAGGUAGAAGAAUGGAGUAUUCUCCACAGAGCCCUUGCUCUUGUUGAGGAAUGUAUUCCUGGUACAGUCAGCUUAGUACUUGCUUUGCACAGGCAAAGCCAUAAAUCUGAACUGCUGACUUCAAAAUUUCCAAUUUUCCAUAUAAAAUUUGAGCCAAUUGUUAACGAUAAUCAGUUGCUAAAUUACAUAUCUAAGGAUCAGUUGUUGCCAGAAUUUGGGGGAGUAUUUGAAUAUGAUCAUGAAAGUUGGAUAGAUUUUCAUGAGUUUUUGGACCCUUUUAUUGUGAGCUGCCAUCAGACUGGUUGUCGUUUGGUUAAACUUAUUCAAGACUUGCGCUCUGCGCAGUUGCCGUCCACUCUAACCAAUCAUUUGAUAGAACAGCAGAAAAAGCAAAUUCUUGAUGUUUUAGAGAAUGAACAGCUGCGAUAUCUUGAACAAGAAGGAGCAACUUUUCUUGAACAUCUGGAAAAAUAUCGAGAGAAGUUCAAGAGUAAUUUAGAUUACGAAGAGGCAGUAGAAAAAAGUAAGAUGCUGUAUAAACAGUUGAAGAAAGUUGUCCAAAGGCUAGCAAGGUUAGCUGACAAAAGAUUAAAUAAGUUGCAAGAGUGCAUGUUGAUGAAAAUGUUUGAAGAAGAAUCUAGUCAGGUUUUAGGUUGGUUGCGUCGUAAAGGUGAAGAGACUCUGAAGAAGCAUAAAACACUUGCUGAAACACUCAAUGCCAUCCGAGAACAAGAGAAUGAAUUUGAGAAGUUUUAUUUCCUAGCAAUGCGACAAAUUGAACGAGGUAAUGAUCUUUUGGAAGAAAUACCAAAGGCUAAAAUUUCUGGUGGAGAAAAUGGUAUGAGUGUACAUUUGAAGCAACAGCUUGAUGACUUUACAGAUCGCCUCGAGGAUGCUAGGGAAAAGUUGGAAGAUACAAGUCGUUGCUACCAGCUUUUAGAUAAAACUUACGAAUGGGCUUUGGAAACUAUGCGAUUUGUUUCACACAUGAAAGUCGAUUCAACUACUUCAGUGAAUGCCCUUGUGACCAUAAUGAAAAGAUUAGAUGCAUAUCUUGAAGACCAUCCUUACCUGGAAGAUGCAGUAUUCGAAGAAAUGUUGUUACUUGCAACAAAAUUGAACAAUGAGAGACUUUUAAAGCAGUGUGAGACUGCCAAAGCAAAAUAUGAAGAAACAGUUGAACUUGUCCAAGCUCGCCGUGAAACUUUACAAAAAGCAAAAGAACAAAUGACUUUUGAUGAAAGGCCAAACUUAAACGAAAGUCUUGAUAACCUGAAAACUAAACCUUGUCUAUGGAAUCCUGUAAAACCUAAUACCCCUUAUCGAGCAGUGUCUCAGACUUUUCUUAAUGGCCUAAACUCUGUUCAUGGCUCUCAGCUUUUACAGCGAGAAACAGGAUCUUAUACUUCGUUCCCGAGUAGUUAUUAUCCUGCUGCUGGUUUCAGGGAACGUUUAUUAAGUUUAUCACAGAAGAAAAACAGAUCAGAUUAUUUCACUAAAAGAGGAUCUUUGACUGAUGAAUUUGUCUCAGGCCAUUCUCCUGCUUCAGGUAGUGGGGACUCUUCUAAAUCCACUGCUUUACGAGGAAGAAAGUCAUUUCCUUUUUCAAGUGAUAGCAUGACAAACCUUAAUGCACAGUUUAAUAAAGAUAUUAAUUCAUUGCAAUCAGCAAGUUCAAAAUUUAAUUCUAAAUCACGAUUUGAAGAUGACCGUAAUUGGAAAAUGUGUGAAGAAGAAUUAAAAAGGGUUGCAGAUGAAGUGAGAGAGCAAAAUCAGAUGUUAGAACAACAGCAGAUGUUUGGACUUGCAGAUGAUGCUAUGACAAAGAACAGAAAUUCUUAUGAAAGUUCUGCCAGGCAUUUCAACUCAAGUUAUGCAAAUCCUAGUUACUCUGGGUCGAAUCCAGAGCAAUUUCAAAAGCCUGCUCCUGUUAAUUCUCACCUCAUGCGUUGUGCAUCAUGUUCAGAUUUUGAAGAAUUAUUGUCAAGUAAAACAGCUGACAUGGAAGCAUUGAAAAUAUCAAAUAACCGGACAUUGAAAUUAAUUAUGAUGGAAAUGAUUCAGACUGAAAGAGAUUAUGUGAAAUCAUUAGGUUAUAUAAUAGAGAAUUAUGUUCCACUUUUACAAAAUGGCAAUAUCAAUCAGACCUUACGAUGUCAGAGGAAUGUGGUUUUUGGCAAUAUUGAAAAAAUAUAUGAAUUUCAUAACUGCUAUUUCUUGCGAGAAUUAGAACAAUGUGAAUCCAUGCCAUAUUCAGUUGGACAGUGCUUCUUGAAAUAUGAAACACAGUUCUAUCUAUAUGCCCUGUACAAUAAGAAUAAACCUAAGUCAGAUAGUUUGAUGGCAGAAUAUGGAAAUAACUUUUUUAAGAAAAAGCAACAAGAAUUAGGUGAUAAAAUGGACCUGGCAAGUUACUUACUUAAACCAGUACAGCGAAUGGGGAAAUAUGCUCUGUUACUGAAGCAACUUCUUAAGGAAUGUCCAGAGACUAGCAGCGAUUAUUAUAAUAACUUAAAGGCUGCUGAGGAAAUGGUUUGUUUCCAACUUCGACAUGGAAAUGAUCUUCUUGCAAUGGAUGCCCUUCGGGAAUGUGAUGUAAAUAUUAAAGAACAAGGUCGUCUCUUAAGGCAGGAAGAAUUCUUGGUGUGGCAGGGUAAAUCUCGAAAAGCUUUGCGGCAUGUUUUUCUUUUUGAGGACCUCAUACUUUUUAGCAAAGCCAGAAGAGAUCCAGAAUGUAAAGGCCACGAUUAUUAUCAGUACAAGAACAGCAUAAAGACCUCCGACUUGGGACUGACAGCACAAGUUGGCGAGAGUCCUACAAAGUUCGAAAUUUGGUUUCGCAAAUGCAAGGCACAAGAUCUUUAUGUCUUACAGGCACCAUCUGCUGAAGUAAAGAAUGCAUGGGUUGAAGAGAUAACUAACUUGUUAUGGAAGCAAGCAGAAAGGAAUAGAAAGUUAAGACUAGAAGAAAUGUCUUCCAUGGGAAUUGGAAAUAAGCCAUGUUUAGACAUUACACCAAGCCAAGAUCAAAUCUGUGACAGAUCCAUAAGCUUACAGCAGCUCAAUAAAGUGCCUCGUUUUCGUAACUCCAUUGCGGUGUCCAGUUCUGACAAUUUCAACAACAAUGAACCACGACAUCGGCCUUUGUCUAUAAUCUCUUUAGGUGGAUCUUCUUCAUCUGGAGAUGGCCAUGGCUCUUCUACAUUUUAUGAUGCACCUAACCCUCUAGCUGAAGUUGAAGAAACAGAAGCAGAUAAACGAAGAUCAGUGGCCCAGCAGUCUCAGUGUUCAGCAGAAAGUGGCAUCUUCACUGACCUGAGUACAUCUGGAGACAGCUAUGUAGAAAAUGUUCAGCGCCUGAAAGCCGUAGAACGAAGUGACAGUGUUUUAUCUCGCACUUCUUAUGCCAGUAUUGAAGUCAUACCCAGUGAUUCUAAAGAAACUGAGAUUUCAACUGCAAUUUUAUCACCAUCUGGCCUCGAAGUAUGAACAAUAUCAAUUGCAUCUUUUGAAAAAUGAGAUUAAGAAGAAAAGUGCCAUAUUCUUGCUGAAAGUUUCAGUGCAUAUAGACAAUCCCUUUUUUUAUUAUCUCUACAAAAUGUAGAUUGUAUAUUUUUAAAAUUUUAAUGGCCUGUAUGUAUACUUUGUAUCAAAAGGAAAUAAGCACAGAGAAUUUGUAAAGCAACUUUUUACUAAUUCCUAUUUUGUACAUUUAUUUAAAAUCUUAAGAAUCUAAUAGAAUUCUUUUUUGUAAUUAUAAUAUUUUGUACUUUUGAUACAAAUGUAUUUGUGGAUAAUAUUGUGGCAGGAAUAACUGCUUUUUUGUAUGUUUCUGUUAUAUAAAUAUAAUACAGUUA